AUGCGCGUGUGGGUGAGCUUGGCGCUUGGCCUCCUGGGCUGUCUCUCCAUGUUCCACGCUGCCUAUGGUGCUAGCCAAUACCGCAACUUUCUCAAAGUGACGUCGCGGCCUUUUGAAAGUGUACCGGCUGAUAUUGCGCUCGAGAGCCUGGCCGGCCUGACCCUGAUCAUGGUGGCGACUGUGUUGGCCAAGAUCGACUUCACCCUCAUUCACAUUGCGGCUCAGCUGCGUGACAAGGUUUACUACACAGCUUGCGGCAAACCCUCGUUGCGGCCACUGCGCACCUCACGCUUGACGUACAUGUUCCCGGAUAAGAAGCAACAGUAG